UGACCAGUUUGGUAAUAUCGACACAAAUAAAACCCCUAUAAGAACACGCAUGCCUACCCAAUUUCAUCCACAGCCACCACUGACCACCAUAAUGCAGACAUUACGUGUGCUCUUUCUGUUUGGGGCCUUUCUCUUCUGCUUUACAUUGGUUUCAUCUGAUCUCAAGGCAGAAGAAGAGUCACCUGAUCUUCGCCUGGCCCUGGCGUCUUUUGUGAGAGGUGCAAACAGAAGGCUCAUGCAGGAAGUAGAUUGUGGAGGUUUGUGCAAGCAGAGAUGCAGUCUUCACUCGAGGCCAAACGUGUGCAACAGGGCGUGCGGCACGUGCUGUGUGAGGUGCAAGUGUGUGCCACCCGGGACCGCAGGGAACAGGGAGAUGUGUGGGGCGUGCUACACUGACAUGACCACCCAUGGGAACAGGACCAAAUGUCCAUAGCCCAUAGACCCAAAAUCCCCCAGUUUAGCUUUAGGAUCCGUCAGUUUCUCUUUCUUCUCUCCUGUGUUUUAGUUUAGUCAUGAUGCGUACGUGUAGUGGUGUUCCAAUGGUGUUUCCAAAGCCUAGCUAGUGUUUUUCAAGCUUAUGUUAUCUGUGUGUAAAUGUGUAAUCAGUGUCUCUAUAAAUAACAGCUUAUCAAUUUCUAAA